CAUAACCCUGGCACGGUGGCUGGAUGGGCCGAAGGCUAUUAGAUAAGCUUGUCAGUGUUCACAUCGACACCUUCCGUCUGCUUCCUAGUGGAGAUGCCGACUUUUACAAAAGGCUUCCCAACCACAGUGCGCAGCACGGGACGGCGGCACGGUGCAAGUGCUGGCGCGGCCUCGAACCGAGGCUCCAGAGCUGUGACUCUUGCGCCUCUUACAAAUAAACAAUACCGAACUAACAAAGCAAUCGAACGCGAUAGUGCGAUGGCCCUUCACGUCCGCAUGAGACGUGUGAAGCUUGGAAUCCAUGGGGCAGCGGCCUGGAGGUGGCUUGCUCUGACCACGCUUCCAACGGAUACAUGCGGCGCACCUCCAGACUCCAGACCACCACUCCCAAUGAUGUCCAUCCUUGUGGGCGGCAGCUUCGAGCGGAACUCGCUCAGCUCCGCUGAGGUCAAGAGCAAGCUAAAUGUGCAGCAGGCCGGCGGCGAGCUUUCAAGUGGCUCGCGCGUGUCGCACAACAACGUCCACAGCAUCUAGCAACGUCUGAUCACAUGGGUGCAAAGGCCCCCGCAUCGAAACAAUCGAUGCGCCUGAUGUCCGGGGAUUUGGGGAUGACAAAGGUUUUGGAACGACAAGUUUGGGAAAAAAACACGUUGCCGUCUCAUGCAACUGGAGCUGCGACUCCAAGAUAAUGCUGCUUCGGAGCCG